GGACGUUGCGUUCCGACUGACAGCUGGUCGUUUGCAGCCUAUGCGACUAGUGUCCAAAGCCUUUUAUAACAACAACAAUACUAAUUAAACUUUAAGGAUGACUGAAUGCAACAUGUUUGUUGAUGCAAUGAAUAAAUUAACAUUUAAAGAAAGAAAUGAAGAAAGUUUUGAAGAUUAUACAGCUGUAACAGAUUGGGAAGUUUUCACGCAAGAACUUGAAAAUCUUUUAAUCAAUUGGAUAAUAAAACAAGACACUAAAGUUUCUACAGUUUGUGAACAUGUUCAAUGUUGUGGAGAUUUAAAAUUUGGUGAAAGAAUUUUCAAAUUGCUGUAUUGCAAAUGUUCCAAUGAAUUUGACAAAUUGAAGAAUCAUUCAUCAAUGACAUCGGAAAAUAAUAGUAUUUCAAAAAAUUCUUCUAUACGUGUAAUUAAUCCUAUGCCAAUUUUUGAUGGACAUUUUAAUAGUGUACCGUUAGUUUGGUUUGGUCUAUCGCAUGCAUUUAUUUUAAAACCUGAUCAUGGUGAAAUUCAAGGUGGAACACGACUUAGUUUAUUGCUUAGUUCAAUUGAAAUGGCUGUUUAUGCAACACGAUGUUCUAUACCAGUAUUAGUGGAAUAUCAUGGACCUUCAUAUUUUGGUUUGACUGCAUCAUCAUGUCUUCAACCAAUGAAUAAUGAUACCAACAAAUAUUUUCAUUACACUAACAACAACCCUUUCACCAAUGCAUUGACAUCAUCCAACUCAAAUUGGAUUGGUUCAGUAAAUAUUGAUUUUACCAGUUGUCUUAUUCAAGGUAAAAUCUUAGCCAAUUGUACACAUUUGAAUGGAUUAAAAGAAAUAUUUCUUACAAAAUUGGGCUAUUGGGAUGUGAAUUAUCCUAUUCCGAAAUUAGAUAUUUCAGCUCGAUUCAUCUAUCAUCUACCAUCAUGGUCAUCAUUACGAACAGCAUAUCCGAUUACCAACUCAUCAAUAUUUUCAUUUGAUUUAUGUCAAAGAGCUGCAUUGAAUUUAUCGUUUAAUUUCGCUACAACUUGGCCGUCACUACCUAGUCAUACAAUCACUGAGAAACCAUCAUGGAAAUCAUUAAAACCCGAAGGUGCACCAAUUAGUCAAUUACAAUUAUGUACAGUUAAUCAUCCGUUUGUUGAUCACAUCAGUUUAAGAAUUCAUCGGUUGUUGAAAGUGUGUUCUUAUGAUGAACAAACAAUCCGUCGACUGAUUUUUGACAUUGAUGCAUCAUCUUAUAAUUCUAGUUUCGAUUUAUCAAGCGAUUCGGUCGUUCAGUUUCUAUUAUUUCUUUUCCCUGAUGCCGAUGCUGAAGGUGUUUGUAAUAAAGUACUUUCUAAUGAAUUGACAUUAUCAUUUGGUGAUUUAUCAUCAAUGCAUGAAUUAUUAGUGUGGAAUCGUAAACCAAUACAAAAUUCGUCAGAACGAGCAAAAUUUGCUUCUCUUUUUGGUUUACCAAAUCCUCAUUCGUUAACACAUCGUUUAGCUAUAAUUAUAGCAAAUUUAUUUAUUUAUAAACAUUGUGAUUUGAAUGAUUGUCUAUUAUUGAUCAUACGGAUGUUCAAUGAAUUGUACAUUGAACUGGAACUACGUUUAGAUCGUUUAAUUUGUUUACCAGCGUCAAUAUUAUAUGAAGAAGUAUUCAAUAAUGAAGAAGAAGAAGAAUUCAUCACAUCGGAAACAUCAAUCGACAAUCCACACUGGCUGCCACCAUUGAACAAGGCAUGGAAUGAUAAUGCACUUCAAUUAACAAUUGAUCAAUUACCAUUUAACCAUUGGCCUAUUGAUUGUCACUAUGAUUGGAAUUGUAUUUUGAAUCGAUUUAAUGAGUGUAUUUUAAAAGCUAGAGAAAGUGAUCAACAGUCAACCAAACCAAUUCAAAGUGAUCGUAAUGAUGACGAUGACGAUGACGAGGAGGCGGAGGAGGAUGAUGGUGACGAUGAAGAUGCAUUUUUCGAUGCUUAUGAUGAUGAUGAUGGUGAUGGUGAUGACGAUGAUCAUGAUAAAACAUCUUCAUCAUGUCAUGAUGACAUGAAAUCGAUUCAUUCAAAAGUGAACUGGUUAACUUCAUGCUCUAGAAAUGAGGCAUUAACUGAAGCGAGAACUAUACUCGAUUGGUUGAAAUCUCGACCAUUUAAUGAUCAUUUAAAAUCAUUAUGGCCGCAUAUUCUAUUAGAAUGUAUGCUGACAUUUCAUUCAAUCAUUCCUCAUCCUCGAUUAACUCAAUGGUAUUCAUCUAUGCUCAGUAAACUUGAUCAAGAAAUUUAUGAUCUAUUAAAAAUUCAUUCUUCUAAAUUGUCAACUACUACUAAUACUACUACUGUGGAUAGAUCAACUACAUUUAAAAAAGAUUCUUUUCCAUUUUCAACAUUCUAUGAUAUCUCGCAACUGAUUGCUCAAUUUUCAAUUCAAUUCACAUGUUUUAAUGAAUUACUGUAUAAUGUUAUUCUUUGUGAUUACAGUUACAUGUUAGAUUCCGAUGUAUUUUUAAAUUUCCUGUGUAAUUUAUCCCAAAAUGUGAAUCGAUUUGAAAAUUUAACGGAGGAUUCAUUCAAUCCACCAUGGUCACCUAGUACAAGUGGUUGGAUUAAUCUACCGACUAAGACUCCUCCAACUACUACGACUACUGGGCAUAUGAAAGAAACUGAAUACGAUAUGAUUUUGAAAUUUUUAAAAACAUUAUUUGAUAAAAAUAUUCCUAUUGAAUUAUUAUCAGCCAAAGGAGAAGAAGGCAAUUUCCAAUUUACUAGUAUACCACAAACAUGGCUACCACCGAAACGUCCUGUGGAUCUUAGACGUCCAAAUUAUGAAUUAUACAUAUUCUAUACAGAAUUACCUUGUCCAAAUAAAUUAACUAGUCGAUUAGGUCCACAUCGUUUAUACAUUCAACUGCAUUGUGAUCGUUAUAAAGCAAUGUAUACCAAUUUAUUGAUGGCUGGCAGUUUCAGUCAUGAUACACAAUUUUUUUGAUUUUUUUUUGAAAACAGAAUCAGAAAUCUCUGCUUUUCGUGUUUGUACAUAUGUAUACUCUUGAAUAGACAGACAGUUUAACUUUGUUUA